UCACGAGCGUUCAGAGCAGGAGUUCUGCCUCCAACUUCUCUUCUCGUUUUACAGCGACGGAAAGACGCAGAAAAGAGGCAAUGUCGCGUACGUAGAAACUGCGUGACUGAAGCCGCAACAAUAAUUAUAAUAAAAUGAGCGACACGAAAGGGCCCACAACCCGCAGGAGGAGGACGACCGUCUCCGCUGGCUUGAAGCAGCAGCAAGCCAACGGGAGCAAGUGGCACGAUGCCGGGGCGAAACCUCCACAUUGUCCCGCUAAAGCCAAGCCAGCUGCGGAGGCUUCUCUGCAGGCUGGUCGCAAUGGGAAGCUGGGCGGAGGGGUGGGGAUGUCAGGAGGGAAGCAGCAGCCGGAGCUGACGAACAGUCCGAGAAAACAGAGGAGCGCGACGGAAGAUAUCAACAACAGACUCAG